AGAUUAUGGGUCGCUCGUGCACCAAUCUUACUGUUCGUGGAUAUCAAAAAAUGAGCUGUGAUACAAUAAAUCCUCAUGUGGUGAAGCUUCAGUAUGCUGUCCGUGGACCGAUAGUAAUUAGGGCGCUAGAAUUAGAGAGAGAAAUAUCCCAAGGGUCAAAAAGAAAAUUCAACAAACUUAUCCGUUGCAAUAUCGGGGACUGUCAUGCGUCUGGUCAAAGGCCCAUCUCAUUUAUUCGUGAAGUUUUGUGUGCCGCGACAAAUCCGCAUAUUAUGGAUAGCAACUUAGUUCAAGAGGAUGCUAAAUUAAGAGCCAGGAGAUUUCUGGACAGUUGUGGUGGAAGUGUUGGAGUCUACAGCCAGUCUACAGGCGUAGAAGUUGUCCGCGAAGAUGUUUCACAAUACAUAGAACAACGGGAUCAGUUAUCAGCUAAUCCUCAAAAUAUUUUCUUAUCCAAUGGGGCAAGUGAAGCCGUUAAAUCAAUUCUUCAAUUGAUAUCCACUGGAGAAGAUGGAUCCAAACGUUCUGGUAUUAUGGUCCCCAUACCUCAAUAUCCUCUUUAUUCAGCAACAAAUGCUGAAUAUAACGCCUAUCAGAUUGAUUACUACUUGGAUGAAUCAAAUGGAUGGGACCUAAGUAUUGAACAGCUGGAAGAAGCUUUAAAAAAAUGCAAUGAUAAAUGUAUUCCACGUGCUUUGGUAGUAAUCAAUCCUGGCAAUCCAACAGGUCAAUUACUAUCAAAAGACACAAUUACAAACGUUUUAAAAUUCGCUUACAAACAUAAUUUAGUUGUGUUAGCCGAUGAAGUUUAUCAACAUAAUAUUUAUUCACCAGAUUCAGGAUUCAUCUCAUUUAAACGCGCUUUAUAUGAUAUUGGCGGAAGGAUUUCCAAUGAAUUACAGUUAGCAUCAUUUAUGUCAUGUAGUAAAGGCUAUAUGGGAGAAUGUGGUCUUCGCGGUGGAUAUUGUGAACUUGUGAAUUUUCCUGAAGAUGUUCAACAACAAUUAUAUAAAUCCCUUUCAGCUCGACUGUGUUCUUCAUUAUUGGGUCAACUAACAAUGGAUGUGGUUGUAAAUCCUCCAAAACCUCAUGAACCAUCUUACAAUUCAUUUAUGAAAGAAAAAUCAUCAGUGCUAGAAGAACUUAAACAAAAAGCUGAACUCACUACAAAAUCAUUAAAUUCACUUCAAGGUUUUUCAUGUAAUCCAAUCACUGGAGCAAUGUAUGCAUUUCCACGAAUUGAUCUACCUAGAAAAGCAAUCGAAAUAGCAAAGUCGAAAGGUAUGCAACCAGACUUUAUGUACUGUUUGGAAUUUUUGGAAGAAUAUGGCGUCUGUGUAGUACCAGGAUCUGGAUUCGGUCAAGUACCAGGAACUUGGCAUUUUAGAAUAACAAUUCUCCCUAGUAUUGAAGAAAUGAAACUGGUCAUGAACUAUUUAAAAGAAUUUCAUACAUCUUUUCUGACAAAGUAUUCUUGA